AUCCGGCGGGAGCUGGCGGAGCUGCAGACCAAGCUGGCGCCCUACGCCGACGAGGUGCACCAGCAGAUCGGCACCAACAUCCGCCAGCUGCAAGCCAAGAUGAGCCCCUACGCCGAGGAGCUGCGCUCCCAGGUGGACCGCGGGGCUGGGGAGCUGCGGCGGGCGCUGGAGCCCUACGCCAGCGAGCUGCGGGACCGGCUGCAGGACAACGCCGAGAGCGUCCAGGCCUCCCUCAGCCCCUACGCCGAGCAGCUGCAGCAGCAG